AUGACCACAACAACAGUUUUGAACCAACCGCCUCAACAACAGCAACAGCAACAGCAACAGCAACAGCAACAGCAACAGCAACAGCAAAACUACGGACAACAUCAAAAGGCGCCAGAAGUCGUGUCGGACCUCGGCAACGGCUGCCGCAGGCUUUGGACGCGGUCGAAAGCUGAACAGCAGGUCGACCUGGUCGUACGCCAAUCGGUCUUCGAUGAUGGCAUCCUUCCGCUCUCCCAAGCUCAGGCGUUGACCGUCGCGAACCUGCGCGUCUUGGCAUUACAAGCCAAAGCCCCCAAGACCCAGAAUGGGCCAAACGGACAGCCUUUGCGUGUUUCCAUGGCCGAGCGAAAGCUCAGGCUCUUUGAGACAUUUGACGCAAUCAACUGUAUGAUUCGCAAUCAGAACGAUCGUCGUGCCGCUUUUGUGGAGAAGACAGCCUCUCUUUCCGACGAUGACCCCGGUCUCUCUCUCCCGCCACAACAGCAAUUCGGCGGAGGCAUCUUCAACCCAAUGGCCGAAACGCCGCGCAAGCGUUUGACCCAGGAUCAACGCCAAUCUUAUGAGUAUGGUGUCAACGUUGAGGAUGAGGCAUUGAUUGUGCCGCUUGACUGUGCCACUGCCCUGGCGUGGUUGCUCAAGAUGCGCAUGCAUGAAGAGAACGUGUCACUGAACGCCUUGGUGCGGCAGCCUGAAGUGGGCGCCGAAGUGGGUUACUCCAAGCUGCAGCAAAGCCUCAACGCCAAGCGCCUGGCCACUUGGCUUCGAGGCCACCUUCAUCUGCCGCGCACGCUAGAGAACCAAGUCGGGGAGGAGCCCAUGCCUUUUUUGGCACCCCGGGGCAUUCCUGCUGUGGUCUCGCGCGUAUCGAAGCGUACACUGAUGUGGGACGAGUCGUCCUGCCAGAUGACGGACAUUUUCCUUCACCGGUGUCAGCACAGCACCAUCUACAUCUUGAGCCCUGUGCGUAAUGUCAUCAUCAACGAGUGUCUGCGGUGCGUGAUUGUGAUUGGAGCCGCAGCUGGCUUUGUCAACAUUCACGGCUCCCAUCAAUGCGACGUUCACGUGGUGGCCCGUCGUCUGGUGCUUCGGUCGUCGGAGGCCUGUCGCUGCUUUGCCAGCGUGAAUCUGGCCUCACUUUUACUCGAGGGAAACCACGACAUACAAUUUGCUCCAUUUAACACCUGGUACGGUUCGCACGAAGCGCACAUGCAAGCUGCAGCUUUGUUGCCCCACGUCAAUCUUUGGGAUCGCGUUGUCAACCUCGCACCAAAAGGCUUACAAACCGCCGAUUACCAAUUGCUUGAACCAGCACGCUUUUCCAUUUUUCUGGUUCCAUUCCUGGUUCCCGGGCCUACUCAGGCCAUAGCAACGCAAGUACCGGAGGCUUACGCCCAAGCAAUUCAGACCCGCCUUGAUCAGGCACAGCAACUGCGAGCGCGGCUGAGCACGGCAUGCGCCAGUCAUCCAAACAAAGAAGAACUCGUGGACCUAUUGCAGGUGGAGUUUAUGGAUUGGCUGGGUAAAUCUACCCGGCAGAUAAGGGACUUGCGGUCAAUAUUCUACACAACCUUCAAUCUGACCCCCAAUUUUAUCCCUUUGUCUCGAGCGCGCCAGUUGUCAGCAUUGCUACCAAGUGUUCAACCUCCGCAGUUGAACUCCAUUGCACAUGCCCUCAAGCGUAGUGGGGGAGCGUGGCUGGACAACAAAAGAGCUACAUGUCACCCAAAGGACCAAACACAAAGACUGGGUGGUUUCACUGAGACCUCUCUCUCUCUCUCUCUCUCUCUCUCUCUCUCUCUCUCUCUCUCUCUCUCUCUCUCUCUCUCUCUCUGUCUCUCUUCUUCUCUCUUCAUUCUCUCUUCUUCCCUCUGUCUCUCUUCAUUCUCUGCCUCUCUGUCUCUCUGUCUCUCUACUUUUCUCUUCCCUCUCUCUUUCUCCUCUCUUCUCUCUUCCUUCAACAGCUAG